AUGGCCUUAUUGCCAGUGACUAAAAGUUUAACUGAUAAAGUAGCAAUAGUGUCAGCUUCAGCUCAGGGUAUAGGCUUCGCCAUAGCUAAACGGCUUGGGUUAGAUGGAGCUAGUAUAGUUGUUACAGAUGGGAAUCGGCAACAAGUUGAGCAUGCCGCGGCUACUUUGAUGCUCGAUGGCAUUAGAGUUAGUGGAGUUGCGGCUCAGGUUGGGAAAGAAGAGGGCAGAAGAAAGUUAAUUGAUUUCGCAAUUGAGAAAUAUGGAAAACUUGAUAUUCUAGUGUCGAACGCAGCUGUAAAUCCCAAUGUUGGAGACACACUGACAAUUUCAAAUCAACAAUGGGUUAAUCUAGUCCAGUUAAAAAUGAAUGAAGCUCUUGAAUUGAGCAAGGUGGCCAUACCUCAUAUUGAGAGUUCUGGCAGAGGGAGUAUUGUAUUUGUAUCUUCCACAGCUGAUUUCGCUCCAAUCAAAGAUGUGGGUGCAUACUCGGUGAUGAAAUCUGCUUUAACGGGAUUGAAUAAUACUCUAAGUCAAAGAAUAGCAGGGAAGAGUAUACGUGUGAAUGCUGUGGCUCCAGGUCUCAUAUCAACAGAUUUUAGUAAACUGCUAUAUUCCGAUGUUUUCGGUCAUCAGAAUUGGCUCCAACAAAUUCCAAUCCAACGAUAUGGUAUGACCGAGGAAUGUGCCGGAGCAGUCUCUUUUUUAGUGUCUGAUGAGGCAUGCUAUAUGACUGGUGAAACCAUUGGUAUUAAUGGUGGAAUGCAAGCUCAGAUAUGA